CGAAAGAGCUGCGCAACGACACGUACCGAUAGUUGUCGGUUACAGAAUCCCGCACUACUUAGCGCGUACGUUACAAAUGAAUAACCCAUUGGAGGAAUGGAGCGAUAGCGAGCGUUCGAUUUCCUGAAGCGCAUGUCCCGAUGAGAAUGAACAUCGCGAUAAAACAAGAAGGAGAAAUUUGACCUUUUGUAUGUGAUACGCAGGAUCGUCUAACCUCUCCUAUCAUCUACGUCAUUUUUUAUACCUCUUGCAUCAGUUGUAACGAUAUAAAUAACCUAUUCGUACAAGUUCAGAAUAAAUCGAGCUGAAGAAUGGCUGAAGAAGAAGAAGAGAAAGAAUACCGCUGGGAGACUGGUUAUGAGAAAACAUGGGAAGCAAUCAAGGAAGACAAUGGAUUAUUGGAACCAUCUGUAGCAGAUAUUAUUCUUAAUGCCAAAAGAAAACGUCAGUUGGAAAGAAAACAAGGUGCCAGAUUAGGCAUGAUGAGGCAUCUUUAUAUCAUCUUGGAUGCUUCCGAAUCAAUGUCAAAUCAAGAUUUAAAACCAACUCGUUUCUUGUGUUCCCUCAAGCUUCUAGGAGAUUUCAUUGAAGAGUUUUUCUAUCAAAACCCUAUAAGUCAGUUGGGUAUAAUCGUUACUAGAAAUAAGAGAGCUGAAAAAAUUAGUGACUUGGCUGGUAAUUCAAAGAAACAUAUCAAGGAAUUGCAAUCAUUACAUCAAACUAUGGUAACUGGUGAACCAUCUUUGCAAAAUUCCUUGGAAUUGGCUCUCAAGUCAUUGCGGUUAUUACCAUCGCAUGCUAGUAAAGAGAUAUUGAUUAUUGUAGGAGCUCUCACCACUUGCGAUCCUGGAGAUAUCAACGAUACUAUACAAAGAUUAUCCCAGAACAUGAAGUCGGAUGGUAUCAGAUGUAGCGUCAUAGGAUUAGCUGCCGAGUUAUACAUCUGCAAACGAAUGGCAAAUUUCACUGGUGGCGAGCAUAGUGUUGCACUUGAUGAUAAGCAUUACAAAGAGCAGUUGAGUUCACAUAUAGACCCUCCACCUGCUGCAACGCGAUUGGAUGCUGCGCUUGUGAAAAUGGGAUUUCCUCAUCAUGCUUUGCACUCCACCGCGACAGAUACAUCUAUGACAGUAUGUAUGUGCCAUGCGGAAAGUUCCGAUGAAUCGGUCAAACUUAUGAGCACCACCGGCUACCUGUGUCCCCAGUGUCUCAGUAAACAUUGCGAACUUCCCGUGGAAUGUAAAGCUUGCGGUCUCACUUUGGUAUCUGCCCCACAUUUAGCACGCUCGUACCACUACCUGUUCCCAGUUGCAACUUUUCAAGAAAUCGCAUCGGAAAGUAAUCAUUCAUCGUGCUUUGGUUGCCAGAAAAUUUUGACUGAAAAGGACAAAAAGAUAUACAUCUGUGAAAAGUGUAAUCAACCGUUCUGUUUGGACUGUGAGAUAUUUAUUCACGAAUCCUUACACACGUGUCCUGGCUGUGCGACAAAUCCUGAAACGUACAAAAAAUCUGUGGAUAAAUCAUAAAUUGCACCAUUUGAUGCGAAAUUUUACACCAGCAUCGCCAAAGAGCAACAGGAGUAAUAUUACAUAUGCUGUAAUAAUAUAUGGAAUAAUUAACUUAAAGCUCCUCGUCUCUCGCUGUAAUUGUCCUGUGAUGACAUCGCAGAAGAGAGAAAACACGUGCGUCGAAAAUUCUUGCGUUAUACGUUUGAGUAAAAAGAUACCCAAAAAAUUGUUUCGGCAGUUUGUAAAAUUGCCCGAGAACUUUUUCUCUCGCUCCAACGAUCAAUAAAUAGUCGCAAGAUUAACUUUCCUUUUAACCUCGUUUCUCCUGAUUUUGUCAAUGUUAAUUUCACGAUUAUUUUUAUUUAUUGUUUAAAUGAGAGAAAAAGGAUAGUUUAACAAAUGUGCCGAAUCGGCCGUCAUUCUGUGAUUAUAUCUUUUUAUUUAAACUGAUAAUGCAAGAAUUCUUGGCUUGGUUAGUUUUCUCGCUUUCGACGUCAUCAAACAAGGGUAGCUUGUUAGUGAAAGACUAAAAAUAAUGAUCACACGGAUCAAAUAAAAGUAUUAUUCUAUAUAAAGUUGCAGGUAAAAAAAAAAUACAAUAGUUUGACAGUUUUUAUUAAUACUGAAUCUGCCUUGUAUAUAAAUGUAUAACUCGCUUCUGUACUUGAUACGAUGGAAUUCAUACCGAUACAUAUUUAUAUGUGUGCAUAUAUAGUAAAUAAAAAAAUAUGUCGGAAUUAUA